UGUAUCGCCGGCGUCAGAUCGCCAAACACAUUUUAUUAAAUUAGCAAAAUGAGCGUGGAUGACUUGGUGCGGGACCAUGCGCGUCUGAUGAAUGUGCAUACGGUACUCCAGCACGCGGCAGUGGCUUCUCUGGCAUGUACAGGACCGCGUACAAUUGGCCCGGAUAGGAAGCCAACGCGUCUGGAAAUGAGAGUGGAAAAACCAACAGCUUUGCCAGUUGUCGAGCCGGCAAUAGAUGGCCCCUCUCAAUGUUUAGUUAACAAACUCAAUAAACAGACAUCGCCGGUGGAUAUUGACUCGUGCAUCAUUCCCGAUGUGAAUGCCAUAAACGCAAGUAUCGUCAAGCGGGAGCUGGACCAAGAAUGCAAGCGCAGUGUGCGCUUACAGUUGAAGGAGAUAAAAGAACGGCAACAAGGUGCGAUCAGGGAACGACUCGCUGUUCAGCAAAAGGCAGAACAGCAGCAGGGGCUCAGCAACAGUCGGGCCAAAAGGGAAGAGAAUAAUAAACUUUUACAGCAGCAGGCCGAGCAGUUGGCCAGAGCAGAGUUGGAGGCGCAACAGCGAGAGCAACGGGCGCUGCUCAUUCAAAACAACCAAAAACUGCAUAUGCUAACAAUCGAAGGAGUUUCGCGUUGUCACAGACGGUUCUGCAGCAAGUACGAGUCGGUCACAAAGCUGCUGCUGGCACUGGACAAGGAGACCGUGCAGGCAUGCACCGCUCUGAACAGUGAGCUGCGCGAGCUGGGCCAAUUGUUCGAUCAGCUGGUUGAGAAAAUCAAAAAUGGUAACAGUGAGCCGCCAGAGUUGAGCUGUGUGUUCACAGCGGAACAGUACUGCCAGCGCCUUGAUAGGUUGGAAGACAAUCUGCACAAGCAGCUGUCGGAGCAAGAGCAACAGCAACUUACCAAAGCCAAAGAGCUGGCCGAGGAGAAGGAAAAGCAGCGCCAACUAGAAGCUGAGGAGCAACAAAGACAGCAGCAGGAGCAGAAGCAGCAGCAACUGGAGGCAGAGCUUAAAGCGACGGCGGAUGCCGCUGCAGCUGCCUCGGCGGCUGCGAAGGCAGCGCAGGAUGUUCCUGCCGCAGAGGCGCCAAUAGCGCCGACCGCAUCAACGGCGCCCAGCAAUAUCUCGAACAGCUAUGUGCAUCCCACGCGUUUGGCGUUCUACAACGAGAUUAUUGCCUUUUACCAGGGUAAAGUGGAUGCCGUCAAGCCACUGCAAACGGACGACACAUGGAAAAAGUAUCGUACCAACUGUCAGCGGACUAUAAAUUUGCCGCUGAACGCCAUCACGGCCACCAGCGCUCAGCACCUGACCAACAACUUCGACAAGCUCUACAAUUUUUUUGCGGGACAGCCAGUGAGAACCACAGACGGCAGCACCAUUACGAUAAAUGAUCAUCCGCUGGCGCGCGACUAUUGCAUUCUGCUGAUGGCGAAGAAGUUUGUCAGCCAAACGGACACGGCAAUAUCGAGCAAUCCGCAAGCAGCCUUUCCGUUUGCCUCAGUGAUAGUUACCUUUUGGAAGCUGCUACCUGACUUUGGCAGGAUCUUCUUGGCCUACAUGUACAAGGAGUCGCCAUAUCUUGUGCCGUAUGUUAUACCACAGCAGGCGGAUCAAACACCGCAGCAAUAUUUAAAGACAAUGGGCUAUCGCUUGUCUGAGAACAACGAGCUGGAAAACCCGGACAUGUUCCUGAAGCGUCAAACGGGCAUUGCUCGCCUUUAUGCGGCAGUUAUCAUAACGCCCGGCCGCAAGGCCGAUGGACCCGCACACUGCUUUGGCCUGGACGAGGCUUGGCGUUGGCUUACCCAUAUCAUGCAUGUCAAGCCGCUACCCGACAUUUGCGCCACCAUGAUCAUGGAGAUGCUGCAGACACUGGGCUUCGAGCUGUGGCAUGCCUACGGCGUGAACUUUUUAAAGCUCCUUGUCUACAUACAGACAAUCUAUAUGCCGCAGCUGUCAGCGUAUGACGAGGGCGGACCCAAGACACGGCUCGAAAUGCUUCUCUCUAAAUUUUUGCGUGAACGCCAAAUCCCGCAAGCAGUGGGUGUGCUGCCUCCUGGAUUUUGGUAACUGUACAGCUAAUAGAUUUACUAUAAUUUUAUUGCAACGUUAUUAAUAGAUAUUUUUCUUAAGACAAGUGUAUGCCCAACUUAUUGUUUAAUAAAGCAAAGCACA